AUGGAGGGGCCGGGACUGGGCUCGCAGUGCAGGAAUCACAGCCAUGGCCCCUACCCUCCAGGAUUUGGUCGACAUGGAGUCUGUGCGCAUGAAAACAAAGAACUUGCCAAGGCGAGAGAAGCUCUUCCUCUUAUAGAGGAUUCUAGUAACUGUGACAUUGUAAAAGCUACUCAAUACGGCAUUUUUGAGCGAUGUAAAGAGUUAGUAGAAGCAGGAUAUGAUGUCAGGCAACCAGACAAAGAAAAUGUGUCUCUUCUCCACUGGGCUGCCAUUAAUAACAGGCUGGAUCUUGUAAAGUUUUAUAUUUCAAAAGGCGCUGUGGUAGAUCAGUUGGGUGGAGAUUUAAAUUCAACUCCUCUUCAUUGGGCCAUCAGACAAGGGCAUUUGCCUAUGGUCAUAUUAUUACUGCAGUAUGGUGCAGACCCCGCUCUCAUUGAUGGAGAGGGAUUCUGUGGCAUCCACCUGGCUGUGUUAUUUCAGCACAUGCCCAUUAUAGCAUAUCUCAUCUCUAAAGGACAGAGUGUGAAUACAAUAGAUGUAAACGGGCAGACACCUCUCAUGUUAUCAGCUAACAAAGUACUUGGGCCAGAACCAACUGGAUUUCUUUUAAAGUUUAAUCCUUCUCUCAAUAUAGUUGAUAAAAUACAUCAAAACACUCCACUUCACUGGGCGGUUGCAGCAGGAAAUGUUAAUGCUGUUGAUAAGCUCUUGGAGGCUGGUUCUAGCCUGGAUGUCCGAAAUGUUAAGGGAGAAACCCCUCUUGACAUGGCCCUGCAAAGCAAAAAUCGGCUCAUUAUUCACAUGCUAAAAACAGAGGCCAAAACUCGAGCCAACAAAAAUUUCAGACUUUGGAGAUGGCUGCAGAAAUGCGAGGUCUUCCUGCUGCUGCUACUUUCUGUGAUUACCAUGUGGGCUGUUGGAUACAUAUUGGACUUCGAUUCAGAUUCUUGGCUUUUAAAAGGAUUUCUUUUAAUAAUAUUGUUUUUUCUGACGUCUUUGUUUCCAAGGUUCUUGCUCGGGUACAAGAGCCUUGUAUACUUACCCACAGUCUUUCUGCUGAGUUCCAUUUUUUGGAUGUUUAUGACUUGGUUCAUCUUAUUCUUUCCUGAUAUCCUUCAACUUUCACAUGUUGCAGGCACCCCUUUGUAUUUCCUUUUCAUUAUCAGCAUAGUAGCCUUCCUCUAUUUUUUCUACAAGACUUGGGCAACUGACCCAGGGUUCACUAAGGCUUCAGAAGAAGAAAAGAAAAUGAGUAUCAUCACCCUUGCAGAGACCGGCUGUCUGGACUUCAGAACAUUUUGUACAUCCUGUCUUAUGAGGAAGCCCUUAAGGUCACUGCAUUGCCACGUGUGCAACUCCUGUGUGGCUCGCUACGACCAACACUGCCUGUGGACCGGACGGUGCAUAGGUUUUGGCAACCAUCACUAUUACAUAUUCUUCUUAUUUUUCCUUUCCCUUGUGUGUGACUGGAUUAUAUAUGAAUCUUUCAUCUAUUGGUCAAAUCAUUGUACCACAACUUUCAAAGAAGAUGGACUGUGGACCUACCUCAAUCAGACUGUGACCUGUUCCCCUUGGGUCAUGUAUAUCUUCAUGUUAGCAAGUUUUCAUUUCUCAUGGUCAAUGUUUUUAUUAAUAAAUCAACUUUUUCAGAUUGCGUUUCUGGGCCUGACCUCCUAUGAGAGAACCAGCCUGCUGAAGCAGAGCAAGCACAUGAAACAGACGCUGCCCCUCAGGAGGACCCCGUACAACCUUGGGUUCACACAGAACCUCGCAGAUUUCUUCCAGUGCGGCUGCUUUGGCUUGGUCAAGCCCUGUGCAGUAGACUGGACUUCACAGUACACCAUGGUCUUUCACCCGGCUAAAGAGAAAGUUCUUCGCUCAGUAUGA